GGAGGGGGUGCCGUUGAGUGCGGGUGGUUAGACAGCGGGGUGAGAGAGGGAAACAGGCAACGGUGUCGGAGCGGAGUAGGUGCUCUCACACCUAUUUUGUUUUUUUAUUUUGUUAAUGCUCAGGUUGAGUAAUAUAACUUGACAGCUAAUAAAGGGCGAGUCAGUUGCACAGACCUCUCACUUUAGCUGAGCCUACCUGUGUUAAAGCAACGUUGCCACUGCCUGCUCGCUGACUGCUGAGCUGCAAGUGUAUAUUUCUUGGGAAUUAAAAAGGAACAACAGGGAAGUGUUUCUCUUGAGAUUUUUUUUUUAUUGGUUUGAGUAUAUAAUGGGAGACACUGACUCGGCCAGUUAAUUUACUGCAAGCGGAUUGUAUGAAGAGCGCGCAGCCCUGCCGAGUGUGCGCGCGGACACUGGAAAGUUGGUGGGUGGCCACGGUGAAAUCGCGCCGCAGUACUGAAACGGACCGUGGACUGGUUGGCCGGGACGGCUUCUGGACUGAUACUCUAUUUGGAAAGGGCGAAUCAGCCCCCGUGUCUUGGUGUACGGAGUCGAGCUAAAGAACAGAGAACAUUUGUCUCCCGGAUUGGAAAAUAUUUUUACGCCUCUCACAGGUUUGCACCGAGAGGACCGACACGCCAGUCCGCUAGACCUUCACCUGUCGAGUUCUCCGCGGCCGCGAGGCUUCACCUGGCAGCAUGAAAGCGUAGCCACACCCCCCUCGCUGAAGGAAAUGGCUUCUGAUUGGUCGAGCUUGCACUGCCUGGCGUGGGACGCGGCCGCACCUCUGCUGGGGAUCUGAGCGGUUUAUGGGAGACCCCCGGUUUUUUUCCCUGAGGAUUCCCCCCUCCCUUCUGCCCCAUCCCAGCCCACUAGCCCCCCACCACCACCACACCCCUAAUCCGUCUUACCCCGCCCACUUUUUUUAAAAAUUCAUUUUUUUCUUGCCCGGAACCGGAGACAUGGCGAAGAACUCGUACAGCGGGGUGAAGAACUCCAUGGCGACGCCCAAUCACGGCGGCUUCGCCGUCUCGCUGCAGGAGCUGCGCUCCCUGAUGGAGCUGCGGGGGGCGGAGGGGCUGCGUAGGGUGGAGGAGGCGUUCGGCGGCGCGCAGGGGCUCUGCUCGCGCCUCCACACCUCCCCCGUGGACGGUUUAAGUGGAAACCCCGCAGACAUCAGUAAAAGAAUAGAAGAGUUUGGGCAGAACUUUAUACCUCCGAAAAAGCCAAAAACCUUUCUGCAGUUAGUGUGGGAGGCGCUGCAGGACGUGACGCUGAUCAUCCUGGAAGUGGCGGCCAUCGUUUCGUUGGGUCUGUCUUUCUACAGACCUCCGGAUGCGGAAAGAGAGCACUGUGGAAAGGCAGCAGGCGGGGUGGAGGACGAGGGGGAGGCGGAGGCGGGCUGGAUCGAGGGCGCGGCCAUCCUGCUGUCCGUGGUCUGCGUGGUGCUGGUGACGGCCUUCAACGACUGGAGCAAGGAGAAGCAGUUCCGCGGGCUGCAGAGCCGCAUCGAGCAGGAGCAGCGCUUCACCGUGGUGCGCGCCGGGCAGGUCAUCCAGAUCCCCGUGGCCGACAUCGUGGUGGGGGACGUCGCCCAGAUCAAAUACGGUGACCUCCUGCCCGCCGACGGCGUGCUGAUCCAGGGGAACGACCUGAAGAUCGACGAGAGCUCGCUGACCGGCGAGUCCGACCACGUCAAGAAGGUGCUGGAUAAGGACCCCAUGCUGCUGUCGGGCACCCAUGUGAUGGAGGGCUCGGGGAAGAUGGUGGUGACAGCGGUGGGAGUGAACUCCCAGACCGGAAUAAUCUUCACCCUGCUGGGGGCGGGAGAGGACGACGAUGACGAAGAGGAGGAGAAGAAGAAAAAGAAAGAGGAGAAGAAGAGAGAGAAGAAGAACAGGAAGCAGGACGGAUCCGCCGAAAACCGCAAGAAAGCUAAGGCCCAGGAUGGAGCAGCAGUGGAGAUGCAGCCGCUCAACAGCGAGGGAGGCGAUGGGGAGAAGAAGAAAGCCAACCUGGCAAAGAAAGAGAAAUCUGUUCUACAGGGGAAGCUGACAAAACUGGCCGUCCAGAUCGGCAAAGCAGGCCUGGUGAUGUCAGCCAUCACCGUCAUCAUCCUGGUGGGUCUCUUCGCGGUGGACACCUUCUGGAUCCAGGGCCUCCCGUGGGUCAAAGACUGCACCCCCAUCUACGUCCAGUUCUUUGUCAAGUUCUUCAUCAUCGGCGUCACCGUGCUGGUGGUGGCUGUGCCUGAGGGUCUGCCAUUGGCUGUCACCAUCUCCCUGGCCUACUCCGUUAAAAAAAUGAUGAAAGAUAAUAACUUAGUGAGACACCUGGACGCCUGUGAGACCAUGGGCAACGCCACGGCCAUCUGCUCCGACAAGACGGGCACGCUCACCACCAACCGCAUGACCGUGGUGCAGGCCUACCUGGCCGAGAAGCACUACCGCAGGGUCCCGGACCCGGCGCAGAUCCCCGGCGCCAUCCUGGACCUCCUCGUCCUGGGGAUCGGGGUCAACUGCGCCUACACCACCAAAAUCAUGGCCCCGGAGAAGGAGGGAGGCCUUCCCCGCCAGGUGGGGAACAAGACCGAGUGUGCCUUACUGGGGCUGGCCUUGGACCUGAAGAGAGACUGCCAGGCCGUGCGCAGGGACAUCCCGGAGGAGAAGCUCUACAAGGUCUACACCUUCAACUCCGUCAGGAAGUCCAUGAGCACCGUGCUGAAGAACGCCGACGGAAGCUUCCGGAUGUUCAGCAAGGGGGCCUCAGAGAUCCUGCUGAAGAAGUGCUGCAGGAUCAUGACGGCGGGCGGGGAGCCGCGGCAGUUUCGGCCGCGGGACCGGGACGACCUGGUGAAGCAGGUGAUCGAGCCCAUGGCCUCCGAGGGCCUGCGGACCAUCUGCCUGGCGUACCGCGACUUCCCCGCCUGCGAGGGCGAGCCGGACUGGGACGACGAGAACGGCAUCCUGACCGCGCUCACCUGCCUGUGCGUGGUGGGCAUCGAGGACCCCGUCCGGCCGGAGGUCCCAGAGGCCAUAAGGAAGUGCCAGCGAGCUGGGAUCACCGUACGGAUGGUUACCGGGGACAACAUCAAUACGGCCCGCGCCAUAGCAACCAAGUGUGGGAUCCUGCAGCCGGGCGGCGACUUCCUGUGCAUGGAGGGCAAGGAGUUCAACCGCAGGAUCCGCAACGAGAAGGGAGAGAUCGAACAGGAGCGCAUCGAUAAGAUCUGGCCCAAACUCCGCGUGCUGGCAAGGUCCUCCCCUACUGACAAACACACGCUUGUGAAAGGUAUCAUCGACAGCACUGUUCUAGAACAGAGGCAGGUCGUCGCGGUGACAGGAGACGGCACCAAUGACGGCCCAGCCUUGAAGAAAGCGGACGUUGGGUUCGCCAUGGGCAUCGCCGGGACGGAUGUGGCCAAGGAGGCGUCUGACAUCAUCCUGACGGACGACAACUUCUCCAGCAUCGUGAAGGCGGUGAUGUGGGGGAGGAACGUGUACGACAGCAUCUCCAAGUUCCUGCAGUUCCAGCUCACCGUCAACGUGGUGGCUGUGAUCGUGGCCUUCACCGGAGCCUGCAUCACACAGGACUCCCCUCUGAAGGCGGUGCAGAUGCUGUGGGUGAACCUGAUCAUGGACACCUUCGCCUCGCUGGCUCUGGCCACUGAGCCGCCCACAGAGUCUCUGCUGCUGAGGAAGCCCUACGGCCGCAACAAGCCGCUCAUCUCCCGCACCAUGAUGAAGAACAUCCUGGGCCACGGCGUCUACCAGCUCACCAUCAUAUUCACCCUGCUGUUCGCCGGUGAGCAGAUCUUUGACAUCGACAGCGGACGGAACGCCCCGCUCCACGCCCCCCCGUCGGAACACUACACCAUCGUCUUCAACGUCUUCGUCAUGAUGCAGCUCUUCAACGAGAUCAACGCCCGCAAGAUCCACGGCGAGCGCAACGUCUUCGAGGGCAUCUUCAACAACCUCAUCUUCUGCUCCAUCGUCUUCGGCACCUUCAUCAUCCAGAUUGUCAUUGUUCAGUUUGGUGGGAAGCCGUUCAGCUGCGUGGGCCUGUCUGUGGACCAGUGGCUGUGGUGCGUCUUCCUGGGCAUGGGCUGCCUGCUCUGGGGCCAGUUCAUCUCCUCCAUUCCCACGAGCCGGCUGAAGUUCCUGAAGACGGCGGGGCACGGCACGCAGAAGGAGGAGAUCCCCGACGAGGAGCUGGAGGACAUGGACGACCUGGAGGAGAUCGACCACGCCGAGCGCGAGCUGCGCCGCGGCCAGAUCCUCUGGUUCAGAGGCCUCAACCGCAUCCAGACCCAGAUCCGGGUGGUGAACGCGUUCCGUAGCGCCUCCCCCUUCGAGGGGCUGGAGAACGCGGAGGCGCGCAGCUCCAUACACAACUUCAUGACCCACCCCGAGUUUCGGAUAGAGGACUCCGAGCCCCACAUCCCCCUCAUCGACGACACGGACGCCGAGGACGACGCCCCCACCAAGCGCAACUCCUCCUCCCCCGGCACGCCCCCUCCAGAAACCACAGCUCUGGCCCCGCCCCCGUCCCCGCCCCCAUCCCCGCCCCUGCCCAAUCAGAACAACAACGCCGUGCACAGUGGAGCCCAGCACUUCCUGGAGAGCCGGGUGUUGGGCCUGCCCCCGGGGAGCCCCCUUCACAGCCUGGAGACCUCCCUCUGAGCCCCGCCCACACCGGACGCUUGGCCCCACCCCCUCCCUCUGAGCCCCGCCCACACCGGACCCUGGACCCCACCCCCUCUCUCUGAGCCACGCCCACACCAGCCGCUGGACCCUGCCCCCUCUCUCUGAGCCCCGCCCACACGGGACACUUGGCCCUGCCCCCUCCGUUUGAACCCCACCCACAUCGGACGCUUGGCCCCGCCUCCUCCCUCUGAGCCCCACCCACACCGGACACUGGACCCCGCCCCCUCUCUGUGAGCCCCGCCCACACCGGACACUUCCUGCUGGAACCCAGAGCCAGCGUCUGAGGGGGAGAAAAAGGAGGAGGAGGACGACAAGGAGGAAGAGGAGGAGAAGAAGAAGGAAAAAGAAAAGGAGUUUAUUAGGCUGUCCUCAGGACUGGAUCGUGAGCAGUCAUUGGUCAGAAUGUACGGUUUGGUUUUGUGGGAUAUAUACACAUAUUUUCCAUUCUCUUUAAGACUGUAUUCAGAGGGCACUCUGCCCCUUCCUACCUCUCUGUGGUUGGCUUUGUGGUGAAGGGGGGAGGGGCAUAAACAUGAAAAGUGACCUGUCUGUUUGGUGGGGAGGGGGGCGUUAGAAUCCUGUCUCUGAAUCAGGGGUGUUGACCUCUCCUCUCAGCCCUCACCCAAUCAGAGACUUUUGCUGUAUAAUAUUAAUUAUGAAUUAUUUAUGUAAUAAUAUAUAUAAUAUAUAUAUCUCACAAAAGCAGGUCUGUUUACAUGGGUUUGUAGAUACUUUUAUUUUCCUGCAUGUAGUGGGUGAGAAAUCUUCCUCACCCCUGGGAUGAGGUGGGUGGGUGGGAUGGGAUGGGGCAGGACAGGGCGGGGCAGGGCGGGGUUGGAUGGGGCAGGACAGGGCAGGGCAGGGCGGGGUGGGACAGGACAGGGCGGGGCAGGGCAGGUGGGGGGGUUUAGAGUGCUGAAAAGCAAUGAAAUAAAUUUUUUUCAGAUAAUUGCUGUAUUUUCGGGGAAAAAAGAUGUUUCUAUCGGAACUGAACUUUUUAUUUAUUCGAAGAUUUGUUAGAAAAAUAGAACCUAAUAGAGAACACUAAGGCUUGUUUCAUGAGGACUGGGGUGCUGUAGUCUGGCUGGGGACAUUCAUUCACCUUUAUUAUAAAUAUUUCCUACCUUUUGGCUAAAGAGAUUUUUAGAGUUAACUUUGCAGUGUCCAAGGGAAACCUUGUUUUCAUGUGUCUGGUGUUUCAGGACGAGGAGGGGGAGACGUUAUUUAAAGUCAGGAUGGGAACAGUGACGGGGGCCUCCCGGAGUCACAAGGCUCUGCGUUAAAAUGGCCGCCAGCCUCAGAGCGGUGUCUGUCCCUGACGACGUGGAACUUUUUCUUUUUCGUUUGCUCUGGCAGAUUCGGAAACUGGGUCACAUUAAAACCAAAGGAAGACAUCUUUUAAACCUUGCACGUUCUCCCUAGCAACAUUGUUGGAGUGACUUAUUUUUGGGUUCUAGGCUGGUGACAUUUUUUU